AUUACGGAGCAGUGUCAACAAGGAACUUGCUUCGAAAAUAUUUCAAUUGACUUUUUUUCUGAGAAGUUUAAGAUUAGUGGAAACCAUGAAAGAACCAACAAAAGCAUUAAGACGUCUAUUGAGUGAAGUGGACAGACUAGCCGGUCCGGGUAUGAAAGUGGGAGGAGACAGGCGAGCAUCAUGAUGGGCUGAGCUUCACCUGCUCUGAAAAGCUGUAUCCUCGACAGAGAGGAGAGCAGAGAGAGGGCCACCAUGCUGUGGCCGAGUGAGGAUGUUGACAUAUUCAGAAGAAAAGUGAAGGAGAUCUGAGUGGGAAGGAGAAGACGCAGGAAAGGAAUGAGAUUUAGUUGAGCACCGAGCUCUGAUAGCAGUUGCCUAAAAAAAAGUUUUUUAUUUUCAUUUUUUCCAAAAUAUGGCAACUACUUUGCGGUUUGCACUUUUUCUCGGCGUGUCGCUGCUGCUGGCGUCCCGAGGUCUCGCCAAUGAGACGCCUCAGCACGACACCACGCAAAGCGGCGAAGGCGUCCCCUCGGAGACGGGCGCCGGGAAUGGGACGGACGCCGGCCACGACACCGGCCACGAGUCUGGUCACGGAGGAGGCCCCAUCACCACCCUGCCCAUCGUGUCCUGGAAGUGGGAACACGUCUCCACGCCGUACCUGGUGGCCCUGUGGAUCCUGGUCUCCUGGCUCUGCAAACUCAUCAUCGAAGCCAACCACCAUGUGACCAACAUCAUCCCAGAGAGCGCCCUGCUCAUCUGCUUCGGUUUCAUCCUGGGCGCCAUGAUCUGGGGCGCCGACCACGUACAGACCUUCUCGCUGACCCCUACGGUCUUCUUCUUCUACCUGCUGCCUCAGGUCAUCCUGGACGCCGGCUACUCCAUGCCCAACAAGCUUUUCUUCAGCAACAUGGGCGGCAUCCUGGUCUACGCCGUCAUCGGGACCUGCUGGAACGCCGCCAGCUUGGGGCUGUCGCUGUGGGGGUGUCACCAGGGGGGAGCCAUGGGCGACCUGGACAUCGGCCUGGUGCAGUAUCUUCUCUUCGGCAGCCUCAUAGCUGCUGUGGACCCCGUCGCCGUCAUCGCCGUGUUUGAGCAAGUCCACGUCAACGAAGUGCUCUUCAUCAUGGUGUUUGGAGAGUCUUUGCUCAACGACGGCGUAACAGUGGUGCUCUUCAAUGUAUUUGAUGCUUUUGUGUCACUGGGCGGAGCCAAAAUUAAUGCUGUGGAGAUUAUUAAAGGAAUAAUUUCCUUCUUCGUGGUGGCCUUCGGCGGUUCCCUCGUUGGCUUCGUGUUCGGCCUCUUGAUCUCUCUUCUAACCAGAUGCACCAAGAACAUCAAGAUCAUCGAGCCGGGCUUCGUGUUCGUCCUGGGAUACCUCGCCUACCUGACGGCCGAGAUGCUCUCCCUGUCCGCCAUCCUGUCGAUCAUGUUCUGCGGCAUGUGCUGUCAGAAGUACAUCAACGCAAACAUGGACGAGAACUCGGUCAACACGGUCCGAUACAUCAUGAAGGUGCUCGCCAACGGCUCGGAGACCAUCAUCUUCAUUUUCCUCGGCAUCUCCGCCGUCGACAAGACGAUCUGGGUCUGGAACACGGGCUUCAUCCUCCUCACGCUCCUCUUCAUCUUCGUGUAUAGAUUCAUUGGCGUCUUUGUCCUCACCUGGAUCCUGAACAAGUACCGACUGGUCCCCCUGGAGUUCAUCGAUCAGCUGAUCAUGGGCUACGGUGGCCUGCGAGGGGCGGUUGCCUACGGCUUGGCCACGAUGCUGGAUGAAAGUAGGAUAAAGGAGAAGAACCUGAUGAUCAGCACUACUCUCAUCGUAGUCUACUUCACCGUCAUUCUCCAGGGUAUCACCAUGAAGCCUCUGGUGACGUGGCUGAAAGUGAAGAGAGCUGCCGUGACUGAGCUCACACUCAUAGAAAAAGUGCAAAACAAGGUGUUUGAUCACAUGCUGGUCGCCAUAGAGGACAUAUCAGGACAAAUAGGACAUAACUACAUGAGGGACAAGUGGAACAAUUUCGAGGACAAGUGGAUGUCGAAGCUUUUGAUGAAGCCGUCGGCGAGGAAGACUCGCGACCACCUGUUCCAAGUCUUCCACAAGCUGAACCUCAAGGAUGCGAUGAACUACGUGGACGAGGGUGAACGUAGAGGGUCCCUGGAGUUCAUCCGCAACGAAAGCGCCAUUGUUGACUUCAAGAAGAAGUUUGGCGACGACCUCUCAGAGGUGAUGCCGGACAUCAUGGCCGACAUGUCGGAGGAUCAGAGCGGAAUGUCUUCAGUGAGACGAAACCCGGUGCCUUCAGUGAGCCUGGAAAUGCACGAGCAGACCAUGAACGGUAUGAGGGAAACCGAGGACAUUAACUCUCACCACCUCCUGCAGCAGCACCUCUAUAAGGGCAGGAAACAGCACCGCCACAGGUACAGCCGCAGCCACUUUGACGUCAACAAAGACGAAAACGAAGUUCAGGAGAUCUUCCAGAGGACCAUGAGGAACCGUUUGGAGUCCUUCAAGUCGGCCAAGAUGGGCGUCGCUCCGCCCAAGACCAUCUCCAAGCACACGAAGAAAGAGCCGCCGCAAAAGAUGGCGAAUGGAAAGUCACUGGACAAGAGUAAAACCUACUACUCCGGCGAUGAAGAUUUUGAAUUCUCAGAGGGAGACAGCGCCUCCGGCUACGACAGCUCAACGCUUCCCAUGAGAGUCCCCUACAGACCAGGAGCUGGAAUUGAGAACCCAGUCUUCAUGCCGGACCUGGACCCCAUGGCGCCGCUGCAGAUCCCGCCGUGGAUCGCGGAGGCCGAGCCCGACCUCGGCACGGUGGCGCCGUCGCAGCGGGCCCAGGUGAGGCUGCCGUGGACGCCCAGCAACAUGCGGCGCCUGGCUCCCCUCCGCAUCAGCACCCGCUCCACGGACUCCUUCGUCCUGGCCGACAUCCCCGGCGCCCAGCAGAGGGAGGAGGGGGGCGACAGCGACGACCUGCCGCCGCCUCCGACGCCGCCGCCGCCGCCGCCGCCACAUCACAGAGACGGUAGCCGCUUGUAGCAGGAACCCACCACGACCACCUAACUGCCUCCAGCACCUUUGAGCCCCGGCUGCCAAAGACAUAUAACCUAACCUCAGACUUUAUCUUUGAAUAUUGACUAGCGAAUGUUUUCUUUUUUCCAUUCCUGUGUUUAGUCCUUUUCGUCUCCAGGCGAAACAUUGACAGCCCACGUAACCUUUGUUACUGCAGCUCCUGUUACUCCAGGUUCACCCUCCAGUGAGCAAAGCCAAGCUGUAGAUCCCGUACGCACAGAACAGAACAUGUUGAACAUUACCUGCUUAUCUACACCCAUCGGCCAGAACAUUAUGACCCCCCUCCCUUAUAUCGUGCCUUGUAUCGUCUUAUCUGAGCUACAGUAACUAGUCAGGAUCGCACACAUGCAUCAGUCUUAAGUCUGUGAAGGUUCUCAGUCAUUCAGGUCAUGGUUUAAUAAAAAAAAACUUCUUGGGGACAUAAGUUAAGACUGUUUUGUAGAUUGAUGGCAGAUUAUAUCUCCCAUCUGUCGGAUGGACACAAGCUACACGAAUGAGUGGAACAACAUCUUUAAGAAACUCUACAAGUCCAACGUUUUUGGAUAUAUAUCAGCUUAGUGACGACUGCAAACCAGAAACCCACCGACUUCCCUAAAUCUCAGUCAGAUUCUUCUACUUGUCUGACAUGACAACCAGAUAGUCGGUGUCAUUCCCUUCACCCGUCGGUGGUCGUAAUGUUGUGGCUUAUCAGCGUGUUCUCUGAUUCCUUAUCCUUGAAUGUGACACAAAAAGCGGACACAAUAAACAGAGCGGUACAAAAAUCAGAUCUAUAUUUCAGCAUAUUGUUUGUGUGUUUCCUCUGACCUCUGCCUGAAGUGAAAUUUUAAACUUGAAGAUUGAAAAACCUACUGUAAUAUAUUCUUUUUUCUUAUAUUUAUUCACGAAUAAAGAUUCCAAAUCUGUGUGGA